CUUCUAAAGUGUGUUUUGUAGCUUUCAGGAGCUCGUGAGAACUCGCGGACUUUUAAUGACAACCCCUGUAAUGAAUGCUGGCAGUGAUGUGUGCUGCCUUUUAAGUGAAGGAGUGACGGGCUUGUAAUUUGAGAGUCUGACCAGGGUAUUAUCAUCUAAACCUAGCGCAGAGUCUGAACGCUCCAGAUGUUGAAACAGACACAAGGAAGGACGCGGCGAGGGUCUAGUGGCUCACUCCUGUUGAUUCAGCCUAAAACAAAGGACGGAAAGCGGACAGGAAAAUUGCAGUCUCAAACCGCGGACGAUUCUGUGUGAUUUAGCUGUGUUCGUGCCGGGAUUGCUCGGCAUUUGACGCUCUGGACAUGCGUGGGGCUGGAGCAGGAGAGCUUGUCUAAAGUUUGAACAGCAGAGCUGAAGGUACAGUUGACUGUGAUUAGGCAGAGGUGGGGUCCUGAGUAUGAUGGCUUCCCCUCUGUUCCUACUGAUAGCCUGCCUGGUCUCGUCUCGUGUCGGAGGGGCUUUCUUUCCGGGACCCCUGCACCCGGAGAUGUCCAACGGCACCUUUCAUCAUUAUUUCGUGCCGGACGGCAACUAUGAAGAAAACGACGAUCCCGAGAAAUGUCAGAUGCUGUUCAAAAUGAUCGACAAUCGCAAGUGCACCUUGGACGAGGACCAGGACUCGGUGAUCCGGGACGAUUUUAUCAUCAUCAAGCGGCACAUCGAGGACGCAGCGCGGGUGCUGGAGGGCAUCGGGAAGAGCAUCUCCUUCGACCUGGACGGAGAGGACAGCUAUGGGAAAUACCUGAGACGGGAGACGACCCAGAUCGGCGAGGCGUUUUCUAACUCCGAGAAGUCUCUUCUGGAGCUGGAGGUGAAAUUCAAACAGAGCCAGGAAAACGAGCUGAAAGAGGAGCACAAGAUCAGCGACGACUUCCUCGACAUGAUCGUGCACACGCGCGACGCGCUGAAAGAGACGCUGGACAUCUCGCUGGGACUGAAGGACAAGCACGAGCUGCUGUCGCUCAUCAUCCGGAGUCACGGGACCCGGUUGAGCCGCCUGAAGAACGAGUACAUGAAGGUGUAGAGGACUGUUUGUCUGCCUUCAGUAGGCUACUGCCUUCAAAUCUCAGUCCGUCUGUAGGCUAUGGGAAAGCAUUUUAGCAUUAAUAUCCUUCAAACUAAGUUGUAAUUUACUUGUACUUGUUUUUAGUAGCUCAUUCCACACAUGAUUAUAUUUUUUCGUUUAUAUAAAAAUUAAACAAUUCACCUAAAGUUACUAAUAACUCCCAA